CUUCUCUGUGUCCCCCGACCCAGACUCUUCGAUUGCCUUCCACUGUCUUGCUGCUGACAUAUCUCAUUCUAUUGCUACGAAGCGUCGACUGCUCGUAAUACCUGCAGCUUUCUUUUAGCUAGCGAACUUCUCACUCCAUAUCUCGCGUUGCCCACCGUUCUUCAAGAGUCGUCGCGUCUCCCCCCACUUCAAGAGAAGCUCCUAAUCUCAUAAACCCACCAUGUCUCGCCAUCAUCCCGAUCUUGUCAUGUGCCGCAAGCAGCCCGGCAUCUCUAUCGGCCGCUUGUGCGAUAAGUGUGACGGCAAAUGUCCCGUGUGCGACUCCUACGUGCGUCCCACGACCCUGGUCCGCAUCUGCGACGAGUGCUCCUUCGGAAACUACCAGAACAAGUGCAUCGUUUGUGGUGGAGAGGGUAUCAGUGAUGCCUUUUACUGCUUUGAGUGCACGCGACUCGAGAAGGAUCGGGACGGCUGUCCGAAGAUUAUAAACCUGGGAAGUUCGAGGACAGAUUUAUUCUACCAAAAGAAAAGUUUUCGAAAUCAUUGAUGCUGGCUGGGUGUUGUUUUUCUUGUUCGCCACGCGUUUGGGAACUCUUGGACGCGAACUUGCUGCUAUCUGCAUCGUAUGCUCCUGGCCUUAGGGAGCUCUGCAGAUUUAUGGGGGUGGCUUGGGCGAAUAUAAACGGUUGUUGAGAAUGAGAC